GUGAGGCACAGGGGGGGGGCACAGAUACACAGCCCACACCCCACUGCUGCUCCCAUCCCAUGGCAUCGCUGCUUUCCAGGCUUGAGAUGUAUCACUUCGGGGUGAAGGUGAGCGUCAUCGAGCCGGGCUUCUUCAACACGGGUAUCACCCACGCCGCCAGCGUGGAGAAAAUUUUCCUCAAAUACUGGGAGAGGCUGCCCGAUGAAACCAAAGCGAGUUACGGAGACAAAUACUGGAAGGACUACCUGGCAAACAUGAAUGUGGCAAACAGGAGCUGCAACCCCAACCUCUCGAUGGUGACGGACUGCAUGGAGCACGCGCUGACCAGCCGCUACCCGCGCUGCCGCUACGCCGUUGGCUGGGAUGCCAGGCUGUUCUUCAUCCCGCUCAGCUACAUGCCCUCCGCCAUCUUUGAUGCCUUCUUCACCCACUUCUACCCUAAACCUGCCCAGAGAGGGUGAGGCAGUGUGGGCAGAGCUGGCAUCGCCCCACAGCUGACAUCCCACAUCGGCACGCACCGCACAGCACUGCCACGGCUGGCAAACUGCUGCUGAAUAAAGAUGACCUCCUCCUCCCUG